GAAGUCAUGUCUGGCAGAGGAAAACAAGGCGGAAAAGUUCGUGCUAAGGCGAAGACACGUUCUUCCCGAGCUGGUCUGCAGUUCCCUGUCGGCCGUGUGCAUAGGCUUCUUCGCAAGGGUAAUUAUGCCGAGAGAGUAGGGGCCGGCGCACCCGUGUAUCUGGCAGCGGUGUUGGAGUAUCUGACUGCUGAGAUAUUGGAGUUGGCUGGUAACGCUGCACGCGACAACAAAAAGACCCGUAUCAUUCCUCGCCACCUGCAACUUGCCGUUCGUAACGACGAGGAGCUCAAUAAACUGCUCGGAGGGGUCACCAUUGCUCAGGGAGGUGUUCUACCCAACAUCCAGGCGGUGCUCUUGCCCAAGAAGACCGAGAGCCACAAGCCUGCCAAGAGCAAGUGAGUGCGGUAACC